AUGCCUUUGUCCAAUUCGCAACCCAGCGGCGCCGCCCUGGACGAGGAGGAGCGGAUCCGGCGGCUGCGCCGGAUGCUGGGCGGCUCGGACGGGCGCCCGGCAGAGCCGCCACGGCAGCGGGACGAGGACCGGAUCGCGCGGCGGCGGGGGCAGGUGUGGGAGGAGCAGCCGGGGAUCCGGGGCACGCUGUCGGUGACGCUGCGGCCGCACUCGGAGGUGCGCGGGGCCAACGACGAGGACAUACCGUUCCGGCUGCUGCUGCUGCGGCUGGCGGCGCGCGCGCGCGGCGGCGCCGUCGCCGAUGCGGACCAAGUCGACCUCGCGUCGAGGGUGUACACCCAGCUCAAGCUCGAAGGGUCGCCGAUGAUCCACAUGAGCGAGGCGGAGAUCCGCAGCCCGCUCCCGAAGGCGUGGCACGAGCAACUCUAUCGGGUGGCGCACGAGCAGUACAGGCAGUGGUGUAUUGCUAGGGGGAUUCAGGAAGGGUGGUGA